CGACGAUAACGGGCUUUGCUCCAUCUUCCUUUUCUUAGUCCUCGUCUCCUCAUCGCAACCAUGUCUGCGACCGAGUCACUAAGUCAUGAGAAGUCCACUGACAAGUCCACCGACAUGGAGAAGAACUAUGUCGUGAGCGCCGAGGCGGACGCCGCCUCGACAAAUGGCGAGGUCAAGCUGCAGCGCCAGCUCAAGAACAGGCAUAUUGCUAUGAUCAGUAUUGGCGGCGUCAUUGGUACUGGCUUGUUCUUGGGUACUGCCUCGUCGCUUGCGAACGGCGGUCCUGUCGGUCUCAUCUUGGGCUAUGCCGUGGUCGGCUCUAUCUGCUACAGCGUUAUGAUUUCUCUCGGCGAAAUGAUUGCUUAUCUGCCCAUCCCCGGUGGUCAUAUCAAACUGGCCGAACGCUUCGUUGACCCCGCACUCUCUUUCACGAUGGGCUGGAAUUACUGGUACAAUUGGACGAUCAUCUUGCCCGCCGAAUUGAGUGCAGCGGCGGUAUUGGUCGACUACUGGACAACAUCGGUCAACAACGCGGUUUGGAUAACCGUAUGCAUGAUUGUUGUCCUAAUUAUCAACUUCCUCGGCGCAGGUGCGUACGGAGAGGCCGAAUUUAUAUUUGCGUCGAUCAAGGUUAUCACGAUUACGGGCCUUAUCAUCCUGGGUAUCGUUCUCGACCUUGGUGGUGGACCCAACCAUGAUCGCAUCGGGUUCCGCUACUGGAAACAUCCGGGUCCCUUCGUACAGUUCAAUGGCAUCUCUGGUGCCGAAGGGCGUUUCCUGGGCUGGUGGGCCGUCCUAACACAGGCCGCUUUCUCCUUCAUUGGAACUGAGAUUGUCGCCAUCGCUGCCGGUGAGGCCAAGAACCCCAGGCGCAACUUGCCCAAGGCCAUUCGUCGCGUGUACAUCCGGAUUCUCUUGUUCUACAUCGGAGGAACCAUCAUCAUCGGUUUGCUCGUUCCUUCCACCGACGAUCGCCUCAAUCUCUCGAGCGGGACGGCCGCUGCAUCCCCCUUCGUGAUAGCAAUCCAGAAUGCUGGUAUCAAGGCGCUGCCCUCUAUUAUCAACGCCUGUCUCUUGACCUCUGCAUGGUCCGCUGCGUCUAGCGAUCUGUACACGAGUUCCCGUGCUCUUUACGGCUUGGCUAUGGCUGGCAGUGCUCCCAAGAUUUUCCUGAAGACGAGCAGCAGGGGCUUACCAUAUGUAUCCAUCACUUUUUGUGCACUCUUCGCGUUGCUCGCCUACAUGGGCAUCAACGGCGGUUCAGGGCGAGUCUUUGGCUGGUUCGCCAACAUGACCUCCAUCGCCGGCUUGAUGACCUGGUUCGGGAUUUCCGUGACGUACAUCCGUUUCUACAAGGGAUGGAAGGUUCAGGGAUACGACCGAAAGACCUUGCCUUACGCGUCCGGGUUGCAACCUUACGCAGCGUGGUACGGAGCCAUCUCAUGCCUCGUCAUCUGCUUCUUCAGCGGCUGGAAGGUUUUCCUUAAGGGCAAGUGGGACACGGCCACCUUUGUCACGAACUACCUGCCUCUUGCGCUGUUCCCGAUCCUCUAUGUGGGGGCAAGGAUCUACACCAAAGUGCCGCCUGUCCGCCCGAUGGACAUGGACUUCAUCACCGGUCUAGAUGAGAUCGAGCGGGAUACGUAUGAUGAACCCCCACCAAAGAACAGGAUCGAAGCGUUCUGGCAGUGGCUGAUGUAAUGUGGUCGACGAACGCCUGCAUAUUGUAUUGCGUUGCCGAUUUAGUGGAGUUUGACUGUGUCUUAGAUGCCGUCAGUGUAACCGUGUCUAUCUAAUGUACUACAACGAUAACUACAAAAAUAUAAUGCAGCUUAUUUAAUGUGGCGUUCACAUAGGACGAAC